UGGCGAUCAGCUGUCAGCCGCCAGCCCCCCCCGCCCCCCUCCCGCCCCGGGGCGCAUUCCCCAGCGCUCACGAAGAGGCAAAACCACAGCCUGCCUCCCAUUCAUAAGGCUGCACCUCUGCUGGGAGAAGCCAGAGGGGACUGGAGAGUCCGCUGCCUGCUGCUUCUCCAGACCAGGUGAAACGGCAAAACACCAGAGCUCCACUGAACGUCAAAAGAAAAUAUAAUCCAGGUUUCGGGCACGUGGAAUGGAAGCCUAAGUGACACCAGCACCCCCUCAUGACAUCCAGAAGACAUUAUUCCUUGCCGCGAACUCUGAUGGCUCCUCGCUUGUAUUGCGAAGGGGCCCUGGGGGGCAUUGCCCAGAUCACCCCCUUCCUGUACCUCAGCAAGGGAAGCGUCGCCGCCAACCGCCAACUGCUGCUGGCCCGUGGGAUCACCUGCGUCAUCAACGCCACCAUCGAGCUCCCCAAUUACAAUUUCCCUGACUUUGAAUAUGUCAAAGUGCCUGUGGCCGACAUGCCCACCGCCCCCAUCUCGCUGUACUUUGACAGCGUGGCUGACAAGAUCCAAAGCGUGGCCCGGAAACAUGGGGUCACCUUGGUCCACUGCGCAGCCGGCGUGAGCCGAUCGGCCACCCUCUGCAUUGCGUACCUCAUGAAAUACCAGAACGUCUGCUUGAACGAGGCUUACAACUGGGUGAAAGCCAGGAGGCCCGUCAUCCGUCCCAAUGUGGGAUUCUGGAGGCAGCUCAUAGACUAUGAACGAGACCUCUACGGGAGGAAUACCGUGAAAAUGGUACAGACUCCCUAUGGCAUGCUGCCAGAUGUUUAUGUGAGGGAGAGAAGAACCUUUGUGCCUUACUGGGGUGGGGUUUGAAGAGAAGAGGACAUGAUGGCCUGAGCCCAGAGGACUGGAGACCAUUUCCUUCUCUUCUCAUGGUCACCAUCUGCUCUUCCUCACCAGACUCAGAACCUUGGAGGAGUUUUCAAAGCACUAAACCAGCAACCCUUGAAUUUGGGGGCCUUAAACCCAAAUCCUGUGGAGUUCACUUUUCAGCAAGGUCUCCUUCGCAAAGAUGUACAGCCCCCAGAAAAAUGCUCCUGCACAACUCUAUUCAACAACACAAUUCAUGAAGCCAAGCACUUAAACUGGCGGAAGAUGUGACCUGAAAUAUUGUUUUGCAACACAAUGGAUUUUAUUUUUUCUUCUUCGUUGUAAUGCACAACUUGAUGGUUAAAAACGUUCACAGGCAGAACUGGAGAGCUACUCUUUCAUGUUGGAUUUUUAAAAUAUAUAUAUAUAUAAAUUCAUGGUUGAAACAGAGAAACACUAUGCUUAUCGCAAUCUUAAAUUAUAUAGAGACUAUUCCAUAAAGAUUUCCUGUCUCCUUCAGCUUUUAAUUUCUAGUUGGAGGGGGGGAAAUGCUAAUCAGACAAUCUGCCACAAAUAAAAUUAUUUAGACUAUUAAA